AUGGAUUACUUGAAGCAUUCAAGAAAUGGCGAACGGUCCAUGCCAGAAGGAGAUGGUACUAGAGAGAACAAUUCUGCUGAUGGUAACAAAUCAGAUAGCAACCCUGAGAAAUGUCAUCAUACUAGUGUGGAUUGGCGUGAGUUCAGGGCAAAGCUAUAUAGAGAUGAGCUGCAGAAAGAAAUAUCAGAUACGGACAUGCAUAAUCAUAGUGGAGCAUUGCCCAAUUCCAAUCCUCUUGGAACACAGUGGGCUCAUCCUAUUCCACUUGAUGGUGUUCGCACUUUUGAAAGAACUGUUAUUCUCCUUCUCAGAUCCGGAACUAGACAUCACCAAGGAGGACCUUUUGGAAUUGUCAUCAACCGUCCUCUUCACAAAAAAAUCAAACACAUGAAACCUACAAAUCAUGAUCUAUUAACUACGUUCUCUGAUUGUUCUCUGCAUUUUGGUGGACCUCUUGAGGCAAGCAUGGUUUUAUUGAAAACAGAGGAAAAGAUGAAGCUUCCUGGAUUUGAAGAGGUAAUCCCUGGGCUAUGUUUUGGAUCUCGAAACAGUUUGGAUGAUGCUGCAGGGCUUGUGAAGAAGGGGAUUCUCAAGCCUCGUGACUUCAGAUUCUUUGUUGGUUAUGCUGGAUGGCAACUGGAUCAGCUGAGUGAUGAAAUUGAGUCAGAUUAUUGGUAUGUGGCUGCAUGUAGCUCAAGUUUGCUCUGUGGGGCACUAUCAGAUUCAUCAGAAAAUUUGUGGGAGGAGAUUUUGCAGUUAAUGGGUGGGCAUUACUCAGAAUUGAGCCGGAAGCCAAAGCAAGACAUGUAG